CGACGGAAAAUCAAUCAAAAUUUUGAUAUCCGUAAAAUAGAACCGUGAACAUAGACACGAAAUCUGCGACGGUGCGUUUUCUUCGCAGGCGAAAAACGGAGGCCCAAAAACCCUGGAGGAUAUGCAGUAGAGCCGAGCGGCAAGCAAAAAGGACUGUUUAUUUUUCGUUUUCUGUUAGUGGUGGUGCCUCAGCUGCUUUGGGUGGUACGGCCUGCUUGCUGGUUGGUGUAUUUCCGUGCGAAAGGUGUCCGCUGCGUAGCCCAGGCGCCGAUUUGUUUUCGUCCUUUGGUUUGCUCCGUGUCGGGGGGAGGUUUUCUUUUUUUGAGACUUCGAGGUCCUCCGAGUUCGUCCGGAAAGUGGUUCCAAUCGUUGGUGUCCUGUUACAUUGCGUUUGGGGAUUGCUAGGUACGACCCAACAUACAGUGUCAGUGCUUCACGGGAGGAAAACAAACCAAGUGACCAAUCCCUCCCUGCCGAACGGGUGGAAAAUGGUGUAGCAAAGAAGGAAAAGUGUGUGUGCAUGUGCGUGUGUGUGUAGCACAGUAAAUCCAAGGAUGCGCAGGAUAUAUACGGUGGGAGAAAUGUACACGUGUGUAUGCGCGUGUUAACACAACGUUCCAGGCCGUACUGCUGGACUGCUGGCUCCCCCACCCCCAGUUCCCGGUCCAGUGGUGUGAAAACAUGAGCACAGCUCCUCCCGGACGGAAAAACGCAGUGCAUUAACCUUGCCGCGCGAGGAUACGAGAACGGUGAACGGAGGAGGAAAUUGCGGAACAGUACGCGAAUUCGAUUUCGCUAUCCGGUUUAUCCCCUCCAGCUCCCUCAUAUUCUCUCCUCCCACCCCCACUAACCCCUCACGUUCCGUGUGCUUUCCGUGUUCCGGGGGAAAAUGCCCGAUAGCUGCACCAACCCAACGUCCAACAAAUGGCACUAUUUGAGCAAACCGAAACCACAACGAAGGUUACGCUAGACGACACCGAGGCCUGCUGCUGUACGAUCGAAACAGCACAAACCAUCGACGGGCAUACGGAGUAUGUGGUGCGGGUACAGCGCGGCCCGUAUCCGGAAAACAGCUGGCGCAUACUGCGGCGCUACAAUGACUUUGCCUCGCUCAACAAGUGUUUGCAAAUUUCCGGGAUCGAUUUGUCAUUCCCCGGCAAGAAGCUAAUUGGUAAUAUGCGCCCAGAUUUCAUCGCUGAACGGUUGAACGCAUUACAGGAGUAUAUAAAUCAAGUACUAAUGAAUCCCAUUUUGGCAUCAUCGUUACCAACCAAAAAGUUCAUCGAUCCGGACAGUUACUCGACGCCGUUCCAUGAUUUGGCCCUACAGUAUGCGUCGAUGAGCCUGCGCACCGAUGGCGUGUACACGCUCGGCCAGUCGCUCGGUCCGAUCGGAUGGCGGCUACGCAAGCACUACUUCAAGGUGGUGCACAAACCGCAGGGCAACAAGCAUUCGCCCGGCCAUUCCACCACCAAGCACCAUCUGAUCAAGUCGAGCUCGCAGUCGCACGGCAAGCAGCACACGACGCAGGUGUGCGUGACUACCUCGACCGAGAAGGACUACAACAGCAGCACGCGGGACCACAGUGGGCGCGACGAUCUGAUCCUCAGCUGGACCGAGUUCGGGCCCGAUCGGUACAUCGACGAAAAGGAGAUCCACACGGUGCUGAAAAACUUUGGCGGCGUGCAGCAUCCGUACAUCGUGCCGAUCGAGCACAUUGCGUCGAACGACAGCGGCGCGCUGGUGAUACGCAAGUUCUACAAGCAGGGCAGCCUGAAGGAUGUGCUGUGCUCGGCCAGCCCGUGCAAUCCGUUCCUAUCGAAGUACGGCAGCCCGAAGGGUCGGACGCCGCUGCCGCUGAAGGAUUUGGCGUUGUAUGCGCGGCAGAUACUGGAAGCGAUCCGCUUCCUCCACUCGAAGGGUAUGGCGUGCGGGCACGUGCACUGCGGUAACGUGAUCGUGGUGGACGGUAUCGCGAAGCUGAUGGAUGUGGAGAACUUCAUCUUUGGCGUGCCCUCCUUCUAUCGGCCGUUCUUCGUGCAGCACAGCAAGAUCAACACGUGCGAAGCGAUCGACGUGUACGGCUUUGGCCACCUGCUGUACGAGAUGUGUAUGGGGUACCCGUUGCAGGACUCGUACGCGCGCCAGAUCAACGAUUGCCCGGAUAGCUUAAAAUCCUUGCUGGAGUCGAUCCUGUCGAAGGACGCCUGCAAAUCGUCGCUGCCGACGCUCGACCAGCUGACAACGCACCCGUUCUUCGGCGAGUAUGCGGGCCACUUUAACGAUUUGUAUGCGACUACCAUUGCUGUUCAGAAGCCACAUCUAAAGUUCUCUACCAGCGCCAAAGAGCAGUUGAAGCUGGCGGUUCAAAAGACUGAGAAUCGUGUCCGGGACGAACAGCGCUCCGUGAAGAACCAGAAGCGGCUCGUGCGGGUGCAAGAGAUGAUGACGUCCGAGGAGGAGAAGAAGAAAAUCAAACAGAAAGCUAAACAUGAGCAGAAGCAGGCCAAGCUGCGCGCACAAAACUCUCUGCAGCUAAACAAUGGGCCACCGACGACGGGUUCGGCUGGCAUUACCGCAACGGUGCAUCUGUCCAGCUCGACCGGCGGUAUCGUCAAAUCGGACAGCGCCAACAGCAUUACCUCACCGCAGGAAGCACUGAUGUCGCCGCCACCGCAUGCGACGGACAGUGGCGGAAGCACAUCGCCCCAGCCGCCCCCAUCGGCACCGCCGAUACCGGGCCCACUGUCAUCGGUGCCGCUGUUUGCAGCCGGUUCUGACCCCACCCAAGCGCCCGGUUCCAGCGCCACAGGUAAGCAGCUCGCGAAGUCAAUUUCCGGCGACGAGCCUACUACCGGUAACCGCAGCGCACUGCUCCAAUCGAUUUGUAAUUUUAACAAAAGCGGACUGAAAAAGGUCGUUAGUCCAGCCGAGGCGGGCGGUAAAUAGAAGCAAAACGCUUACACUAACUGGUCCGUCGCAAACGAUCGUCCGUCGUUGUGUCCUGUCCUUCCUUAGCCCGGGUGAACAGGCUGUUGUUAGCGAGGAAUGGCGGCAGCGGCGUCGGCGGGUUGAGCGAAAAAAAUGUGAAAUGAAAGGAGAUUAGAACACUAGCACGUUAGGAAUUCUUUAAACAUUGAAUGGUACGUUUCUAUGUUUCGUGUGGCGGAAAGACUUUUAACUACCACUGAGGACUGAGCAGAAGUAUGAAGCGCCAAUCUGCGCACCUGAGAGAAUCGUAUGUGCAAAAAUGAAAGAAUCGUAAACACUGCGACACAUCCAUCGACACAUCAUUCGCUACAUCUCUUAAAAUCAAACCAGUGAAUGGGUUUCGCAACACUCCCACACACACACACACACACAUACAGUCACACAGGAUGAGCACGAUUUUUGGACCAAUUUUUCAUAACAUUAGUAGCAAAAUCAAAUCCAAACGUACAUGAAUGAAUAAACAACACUUGCUUAAGAAACAAACAAACCUGUGGGCCCGAAUGCAAACAGAGUUAAAGAACUAAAACAUACUAAAUGAACUAUAAAACUGACCUGAUCGUUGGAAUAAAUCAUGUAGCCAAAGUAGUAGUCGAACGUAACAAGGAAACGAAAGUAGACUAGAAAUGAAACAGCUGGCACUAUGGAAAAAAUAUUGCAAUGGAAGAAGGUUUUUAGCUUUGUUUCACCUUCGAAACUGUUCUAAAAUAGUUCAAAAUGCAGUUUAGUGCGUUAAUUUUGAAGAAAGCUAGAAUUUAUUUAAAUCGCAAAUGAAGUUGGUUUUUAGGUCCCUUGUUACUUUUAUUACUUUUAUUGUUUACGGAAAGUAAAUUAAUUAGUUGUUUGUAGAGAGUUUGUUGUUUAUUUUCUUUUUAAUCUGUAUGUGUUACAACAACGACAUCGUAGUUGUUUUCGCAACUUGAGUGUACACCUCAAUGCAUUGAGAAUUGGUUAUUGCUUGGUGAUAUGCUUCGUUUUACUGCGUUGCCAAAUAUAUAAAAAUGUUGAUAGAAUAAAAAGAUAUAGGCAUGUGAAGUGAAUAAAGAAAAGAACUGGGAAAAUGUAACACGCACUAGAAUGGAACCUCAUUUGAUGUUGAUACGAUGUUUAAAGGAAUUGUCGCAAAGGAAAACCCCUCCAGGCAGUGAAAUUGUAAAGCAUACAGAGCAAAAAUAUUAAAGUAUUAGUGAAAUAUGAGUGUAGAGUUUAUAGGUAUGCAAUUAACACGUGGGAUUGGUUUGUUUUUGUAUUGUGCGUCCUGUCCAGCGAUAUUUUCUUAAGCUAGUUUUUGCUUCGUUCCUUAUUAGUGCAUACUAUAAGUGGGGUAUGCAUGAGUGUGUAUGACUACUAUAACACAAAUAUUUAUGUUAUUAGACUUUUAAUGUGUUCCGGUUGUUUUGUUCGCCACAUUAGACGGAAAUCACAAUCGAUAACACAGCAAAGCUUUGCCUAACACUUUCCUGCGUACCAUCACCAUGAAGAUUAUUUGUGAUAUGCUAUCACCGUGCCACUAAAAACAGUGAUACGUAAUGUGUCCAUGCUAACGCACUUCCAAAUGAAAAACAAAACUGUGUAAAGUUUGAAACAUACCAGCAAAUCUUCAAAACAGUAUCAACAAGCGUAUGAAUGAAAUGUGAUAUAAGUUUUACUGAAAUGUUUCUUCAAUUUGAUGACCGUUCCACUACCUUCCAUUUAGUGCAUGAUUUUCAUUGUCAAACAUUUUAUAGGAUAAGCGAAAUGACUAUGACUAGCAACAUGAACAAUUGAAAACGGAUUUCGUCUAACAUCUCAACCGCUGGAAAUAUUUCCCUGAGUUAACGCAAGGUGCGCCAAUUGCGCCGCCAUGGUUUAUGAAUUGUAGAUGUAUAGCUUAAUAGUAACAACAAUAAUAAUAACAAUAUAUUACUAUCGUCCGUUGUACUUGCCGAGAGAAGAAAGCAAAAAAAAAAGAAAACAAUUGUUCGCUGAUGGAAAUGAUCUUAUGAGCAAAACACAUACACGUAAAGACGACGACACAAAAACACAGCAUUCUCACUCACAGCAACACUAAUUGAUGCAGCAAACAAGAGGGGACAUCCUAAACCAAAUCCAAAUAAGCUAGGCUUUUUUAAAAUAUCACGUGCCAACACUGUUGGCGAAGAGGAAGGAAGGAUUCUAUCAACAUUGUACUGUAGUAGUAGGGUGAUACAAUCGUGACGUGAUGUGUGGUAGAGGCUAAAAUGCAUUCACAAUGAUUAAGAAAAAACCAAAAACUACUAGACUUGGGCAUAGAUAUCGCGUACGCGUAUUAUAUAGAUGUUGCAUACGCAGCGGACUCUUCGCUUGCAUCAUUCGGAUACUGCUAGUUUUAGACAUCUAGCAUCUAGCCGCUAUAUCACCUGUGCGACUGCAAUGUGAUCGUGACCAGAGAUCAGACCGCGUCUGAUCUCCCUCACUGCACUGAAUCAAACUUCUUGACCCCGGUGACAUGGUGCGUCGGUGGUGCAUCCCAAUCUUUUUCACGUGUUGCUUCAACGUCGUUCAAGUGAAAGAGUAGAGUAUAGCUGCAAAAGCUGCAGCUCAGUGCAGUACCGAAAAGUAUUUGUGUAGUGCCAUAACAUUCUAGGUAAAAAAUGAAUAUGGAAAAAACUGUACAAGACAGAUCACAGAAUGUACCCAGUCAGCAAAUUUCAACUCAGCACACAAGGGGCACAACAACGCUCUUGAACAGCUAUGCCGUUGUGUGGGUUUUACUCGUUCCCGAACCUGUUUGCGCACUUUAGUACGAAAUAAAACAAGAUAAACAGAAAUAUCAUACCCAAGGUGUGCUAGUCCACCGGGAAGCAUUUUACUGUUGCGACAAAUGUUACACUGAGAAUCUUCUACACGUUAUUAUACAUACAUAUACAUGCAUAUAUACAUACCUAUAUUUACUAAAAAGCAAAAAGAAAAACUCAUCUGAUUACAGAUAAAAACAAAAUCAACAAAAGAAAAUGCUGUAUUUCUUAAUAUAAUUGUGAUUUAUGUGGAAAAAGUGUAUCCUGAUAUAUAUAUCUCCCUUUUAUAACAAUAUUAUACAAUCAUAAACGAAGCGAAAAGGGUAUGAUCGAAUGGGAGUGAUCGUGAUUGUACGCAACCGAACGGAAUGAAUGAAUCAAUGCGGUGAAGCGGUGGAACGCUGGAGGUACGCUUUAAAGACAUGGAACAAGCAUAAACUGUAAAGGAAAGGAUACUAUUCAUAUUCACAACUGUGUCGUGCGUAAACUGUGCUGAUUUAAAAACCAAACUCUAAAAGAAACAAACUAAAUGUAUGAACAUUCCGUAAUGAAGGUAAUAAAUCGUAAAUACAUUAGAUCAAAUCUCCACCACUGCUGUCCUAAAUAAAGGCGUGUGUACUACGGCAUACCAAAGUGGAUAUACAUUUUAACAUUAAUUUAAAGGCAUGUUGCUAAAACCAAAACCUCUUGCGGUACUGUGGUGAGGCUAGCCGAAAACUAAAGUAUUUAACGAUGUGCUAACAUAGAAUCAAUCACUCUUGGUGGUGCACUAUUAGCAUAAUGUUGCAUUGUGUUUACCUUUUUUCUUAUGAUUAUGAUUAGCGUAUAACGUAUAAUAUGGUUGCAUUUACUCAUCUGUUAGGCUGUUAUUUGCAUUGUUAUUUUGAGGUAACAUUUCGCUUUUGUUCGCUUGUUAAAAAUGUGACAUUUAUUUUAUUGUAUUUGCGCUGUCAUUAAAACUUUUCUUGUGAAUUGUUUAGUUAUCUCUGUUUGGUAUUGGAUUUAUUGACUUGCCUUUUAGCAAAUUAUGUUGACACAGUACUGUGCAUACAUGUUUCACUGUCCGUAUCCGUACUUUUUGUGCAUUAAUGUCAUAAGUGAAUAAGUGAAUAAGUGAAAAGAAGGAACAAAAGUUAAACAAAACUUAAUGUAGCGCAAGUAGCAAGGAAUCAAUCAAACGAACGAACGUAAAUCGUGCAAAGAAGAGAACCAGAUAAACCAAAUAAAAACCUAAACCUACAAAACAAACUAAAUAUAAUAGAACUUUUGAACAAGAGAGCCAGAGAACGGGACAGAGAUGGAAGAUGGACAUUUCUCGUCCUCGUAAUAAUCGUACAUUGUCGUAAUUAAACAUCCAUCUCUCCUAUCAAUUCAACUCGUGUCAUACGAUUAGGAUCUUGUAUGAAGAGAUGCAUACUCCCAUGUCGAAAGGUCCAAUUCUGAGCAAGGGUACAUCAAUGAAGCAAGUAAGCUUCUCCGAACUAUCGCAGAAAAUCCACAAAUAGCAGGAAGGAAACAAAGAAGAAAAACAAAACAAAAAAAAAACUAUCGUAAAACUGAAUCUCUUAACAAACUUUCUAUUGCAACCAAUCACAACUGAUAAAUAAAGAACCUGUCUUAAUUGGAGUAAA